GUUUGCUACUUUUCCACCAGUGGUCGUCGUCAUACUAAAUUUUACUCAGAUCCAGUAGAAGCUAUAAAAGACAUCCCUGAUGGUUCCACGAUACUGGUUGGUGGUUUUGGGCUAUGUGGAAUUCCAGAGAACCUUAUAGGAGCUUUACUAAAGACAGGCGUGAAGGGACUAACUGCAGUCAGCAACAAUGCAGGGGUUGACAACUUUGGCUUGGGCCUUUUACUUCAAUCCAAGCAGAUAAAGCGCAUGGUGUCUUCUUAUGUUGGAGAAAAUGCAGAAUUUGAACGACAGUACUUAGCUGGUGAAUUGGAAGUAGAGCUGACACCGCAGGGCACACUUGCAGAGAGGAUUCGUGCAGGUGGGGCUGGAGUCCCUGCAUUUUACACCAGCACAGGAUACGGGACCCUAAUACAAGAAGGAGGGUCGCCGAUCAAAUACAACAAAGAUGGCAGCAUUGCCAUUGCCAGUAAGCCAAGAGAGGUGAGGGAGUUUAAUGGUCAGCAUUUUAUUUUGGAGGAAGCGAUUACAGGGGAUUUUGCUUUGGUGAAAGCCUGGAAGGCAGACCGAGCAGGAAAUGUGAUUUUCAGGAAAAGUGCAAGGAAUUUCAACUUGCCCAUGUGCAAAGCAGCAGAAACCACAGUGGUAGAGGUUGAAGAAAUUGUGGAUAUUGGAUCGUUUGCCCCAGAAGACAUUCAUAUUCCUAAGAUUUAUGUACAUCGCCUCAUAAAAGGAGACGCAUAUGAGAAAAGAAUUGAGCGCCUGUCAAUCCGGAAAGAAGAAGGUGGAAAAUCCAAAUCUAGUAAAGCUGGAGAUAACAUGAGGGAACGUAUCAUCAAGCGGGCAGCUCUUGAAUUUGAAGAUGGCAUGUUUGCUAAUUUGGGCAUAGGAAUCCCUCUCCUGGCCAGCAACUUUAUCAGUCCAAAUAUGACUGUUCAUCUUCAAAGUGAAAAUGGAGUCCUGGGUUUGGGUCCAUAUCCACUACAAAACGAAGUUGAUGCAGAUCUAAUCAAUGCAGGCAAGGAAACAGUCACUGUUCUUCCAGGAGCCUCUUAUUUCUCCAGUGAUGAAUCAUUUGCAAUGAUUAGAGGGGGUCAUGUCGAUCUUACAAUGCUAGGAGCGAUGCAGGUUUCUAAAUAUGGUGACUUGGCUAACUGGAUGAUACCUGGGAAGAUGGUGAAAGGAAUGGGAGGUGCUAUGGAUUUAGUAUCCAGUACCAAAACCAAAGUGGUGGUUACCAUGGAACAUUCUGCAAAGGGAAAUGCACAUAAAAUAAUGGAGAAAUGUACAUUACCGCUGACUGGGAAACAAUGUGUCAACCGAAUCAUUACUGAAAAGGCUGUGUUUGAUGUGGACAAAAAGAAAGGGCUGACUCUGAUUGAACUCUGGGAAGGUCUGACGGUGGAUGACAUCAAAAAGAGCACUGGAUGUGACUUUGCAGUUUCACCAAAGCUCAUGCCAAUGAAGCAGAUCACAGCUUGA